AACGUGUGAUGAGUUCUUGUGAGUUCUCGGUGCAGCUAUGACACUGCAAGCUAUAAAGUACGAAAGGGGAAGCCUUGAAAUACUCAACCAGUUACUUUUACCUAAAGAAACUCAUUACGAACCGAUCCACAGUGUACAAGACGGAUGGCAGGCGAUCAAAACAAUGAAGGUUCGUGGUGCCCCAGCCAUUGCUAUUGUAGGUUCUUUGAGCCUUGCAAUAGAAUUGUUGCCGCAGUCUUUCCAUACUAUAGAUGACCUAACGUCCUUUGUCAACAAAACCAUGGAGUAUCUCACUACCGCUAGACCAACAGCUGUUAACAUAGCYGAGGCUUCUUUAAGUCUUCGUCAAUUCAUGAAGGACAUGGGACCAGAUACUAAUGUAGAACAAGCCAAACUAAAACUAAUUGAGAAGAUAGAGGCAAUGCUAGAUAAAGAUCUUGCUGAUAAUAAAUCCAUAGGAAACUAUGGAGCACAAGACAUUGUUUCUAAACUCAAAGGCAAAGAAAAACUUCAAAUUCUGACCCAUUGUAACACUGGUUCCUUAGCAACAGCAGGGUAUGGUACAGCUCUAGGUGUUAUCAGAAGGUUACAUGAACUGAACAAACUUGGACAUGUAUUUUGCACGGAAACACGACCUUACAACCAAGGAUCACGCUUGACAGCAUAUGAAAUGGUUUACGAAAAAAUCCCAGCAACGCUCAUUGCAGACUCUAUGGUUUCCUUGGCAAUGAAAAUGAAAGGCAUUGACUCUGUUGUAGUUGGAGCUGAUAGGGUGGUUGCUAAUGGAGACACUGCUAAUAAGAUUGGCACUUAUCAACUUGCUGUGGCUGCUAAAUACCAUAACAUUCCUUUUUAUGUUGCUGCAUCUCUUACAAGCAUUGACAUGACAAAAAAGACUGGUGAUGAAAUCAUUAUAGAAGAAAGACCAGCACAAGAACUUACCACUAUCCAAGGUGUCAGUGUUGCAGCUCCAGGUAUUGGAUGCUGGAACCCUGCUUUUGAUGUAACACCAGCUCAACUGAUUUCAGGAGGGAUCAUUACUGAAUUUGGGGUCUUUAGACCUGAAGAAUUGAAAAAUAAACUAACAAAUGUAACUGCAUUAUUAAACUGAAAUAAAUAUAACUAAACAAAUAAGCUUCCUAAGUAAGGGUUGUAGUAUUG